GUAAUUAAUCAUAGAUAAAAACACCGGCAGCAUUGACAUGGCAAGAAAUGGUUGAAAAUCUGACGUGUAUAUGCACUAUACAUACAUUUUACACCUCCAUAUAUGAUAAAGAUCUCAGAUCUAUCAGAAGAUUAAAGAAGCAUUUUCUUACCCCAUUUUGAAAGUUUCGUUUAACCUUUGGACAAUCUACUUCACACCCACCCGUCCAUAUCUUUUCGUUUCAAGAACUUGCCAAUUGCUUACUGUAUUUAAGCAAACUGCAUUGAAAGUUAUAGGUGUUCACCUUUUCUUGGAAACUAAUCAUAAGUCAAGAUUUUUAUUAUAAAGGGCCUACUUUUGUAUCAAUUUAACUGGGAGAGAUCUACCCGGGAAUAAGAAGUUGAAAUAUUUGAAAUUUCGAGCUUCCAAAAUCAACCUCGUAUACGAGAUAAGAUUUAAGGAAAACCAUCAUGUUUAAGCAAUCACCACGUAGGAACCAGAGAAACAAAGGAUAUAAGGUGAAGCAUGUUCUCCAAUUAUGUGUAGUAAUUGGAGUUUGCGUCUGGCUGCUUUACCAAGUGCAGCACUCCCGUAGUAAGAAGGCAUCAUACGAAGAAACGACAAGAAUUUCCGAGAAGGUAAAGGAUGGGAACGAUAUUAUCAAGUUAGGGAGGAAGGAUCUCCGGCCCCGGAAUGAAGAAACGGAUACUGAAGACGAGAAGCAGAAAGAAGAGCAACAAGAGGAAAGGACACACUUGGAUGAUGAAAACAAGCCAGAUGAUCAAGGGCAAGACCGAGAAAAAAUAGAAGAGGAAGGUGAGAAUAGAGAGACUUCUAUGGAUGGAGAAAGGAAGCCAGAGGAGGAAACCAAACAAGAAAACGAAGAUUUGGAUGGGGAGAAGGAAAAUAAAGAGGCUGAAGAUGGCAACAGGAAAGACACUGAAGCGAAGGACACUAAAGAAGAAGAAAGUGAAAGCAGCAGUGAAGAACAAGUUGAAGAGAGAAGUGAAGAAAAAGAAGGCAAAGAAGAUGGAGAGAAGGAGAAUGGUGAACAGGAUACGAAAGAAGAGAAGGGCAAGAAUAAUGAAAAUGAAGAGGUGAAUAAUGAUGAAAAGGGAUAUCAGGCAAAAGACAAUGCAGAAACCGAUGUUAAAGAAGAGAGUAGUGGAACGAUAGAAAAUGAAGAGAUAAAGGAAGAGAGGGAGAGCAAAGAGAAGAGAAAUGAAGAAAUGGAGGAAGCAAACAAGAGAAAGGAGGAGAAAGCAAGCGAAGAAACACAGAACGGGACUGAAGAUAAGGGAGUUACACAAGACGAGAAGAAUAAAAUUGAGGAUAAAGGAACGGAAGAGAGAAAUGGAGGGGACAAUGGACAAGAUAGUAAAGACAUGGAAGGAAACAACAAAGCGGAGGAGCUAAAAGAAGGUGGAACUGAAAAAUUAGGUUCCUCUGAGGGUGAGACUCAUGACAGAACCGACAAGACUAAUGAGGUGAAAGAGGAGAAUAAAAAGGGAGGAAUUGUCUCUGGCAAUAAGGUUCAGAUUUCUCAAAAUGUAACCAAAACUGAGAAUGUUAGUAAUGUUAAUUUGAAUGGGGAGGAGAAAUCCGAAAACACAAAACAAAAUGAGUUACAGGAAAAUAAGAAUAAUAAUUUUGAGGCAAUCAAUGGAAAUGAGAAUGAAGUGGGAUCAAAUGACCAAGAUACUGGGAAAACUGAGAACAGUAAUUCUUCUAAUGUGGUGGCCACUGAAGGCACGAGUGAUGAACACGUAGAGUCGGGGCAUAACCCUAAUUCUUCAGCAGGAACAUCUGAAGUUAAGGAACAAGGUCAAGUUAAUGAUAACUCUACCUCUGAUUCCAUUCCAAAAGAAAGUAAAACACCCGAGAACAUUGUUCAUCAUGAAGAUGGAUCACAGACUGUUCUGAAUGAGCAAACUGAGAAAAGUGAUACUGAGAAUGAGAAAUCAGAUUCAGAUUCAACUCAAACCACAACAACUGAGAAAGUGAGCUUGGUGAAUGGAAAUUCAAAAGGUUCUUCUGACAACACACAACUUCUUGUAUCUGAUGGACUAAAUGGAGAUACGAAGACAGCUAAAGGCACAGAGAAUAACUCUGAAACAUUAUCUGGGGGUGAGGGUAAUAAUAACUCAGGCGAACAACGGAGGGUUGAUAAUGAUAAUGGUAGUAAUGGUACAAAUUCAGGUCAAAAUACAGCUGAAGAUUCUUCAAAUACUUCAGGCUCAUCAAAUGAGGCAUCUCCAAGCUCAAAUGGAAAUGCUGAUCCUGCUGCGCAUGGUGGAAAAGAUUCCUCCAGUUCUUCACUUCCUCAAGAAGAGAAAGAAGCUCGCAUCGACCUGGGAACUCUUCCAGACUCUGGAACCGAAGGUAACAGCCAUGAUGCAGUUGCCAAGUGACAUUUAUAUAAUAUUUUCUCAGUCGAUGAUUUGUAAUCACAAAGGAUUUUGCUUUAUAUUUUUUAUUUUUUUUCCCUUUCUUUUACCAAUUGCGAAGGCAGGUGUUUUAAGUAUGUGAGAACUCAUAAUUCUCUGUUGGUGAAUCAUCACGUGGCUUAUUUGUGACGCAUGGAUAUUGCAGAUAUGAAUAAACAAUUUCAAUUUGUCUAGCUAUCCAAUCAUUUUAAUGUAUCAGAGCCAUUUAUUUA